CCCUGUAUGGGAACUCAGUGAGGGCUCAGCAAGGGGUACAACUGGGAACUAUGUCUUUUCUACAUUGCUGUAAGCUGGACAGAAAGAGAAAAGUUUUCUUCAUCACGCUUUCUCUCUCUCUUGGUUCUGUGUAUGGUGUGAAGACUGCUACAUGCAACAGCUUCCAGUGAGUGUGUUUGAACUUCUGCCCACUGCUCAAACUUUUCUGGAGGGCUGCAGAGCAUUUCAAGCUGCAGGAAAAUGUACUGGGGAAAACGCGUUAGUAUUAUUUUCACUGUGACUGUGGUCUGGCAGGCCUUUCACUUAGGAAAAGGCCAUGAAGAAGAAGAAAAUGAAAAAGAUGUGAAAAAUCUCAAUGCCACAGCACAAAAGCUACAGCCUAAGAAUGAAGGGACUAUUAUAAAUGCUCUCAGUGACAUGAAUCAGAGUUAUGAAAGCAGAAAGCAACAGAAUUCCAGGUCAUUGGUGCCUUUUACUGGGAUUACAGAGAGUAAAAAACUGAACAGAAACUGCUGCCUAAAUGGAGGGACCUGUAUCCUUGGAGCUUUCUGUGCAUGUCUAAAGCAUUUCACUGGCCGAUACUGUGAACAUGAUGAACGGCAAAGCAACUGCGGCAGCGUUGCCCAUGGUGCCUGGGUGCUGAAGGGCUGUUGGCUGUGUCGGUGUGGCUAUGGUACUCUGAACUGUCUCUCUCAAAUAAUGCAUGAAAACUGCGAACUGAAAAGAGAAGAGGAGGAAAUUACCAGACUGUAUUCUAAUGGCCUAAGAUUACAACAAACAAUGUUUAUACUCACUUGCUUCCUCACCUUACUUCUGGAGUUUUGCUGCUGGCAGUUGUGAAACUGGACAAAGGGAAAUAUAAAUAUCUUAGGAUUCAUGUAGCCCUCAUCAUGAGUCAUACAACUUCCUUCUUCUGGAUUACUGCAGAAUACACUUCUAUGUAUAUUUUUAAGAUGUGUUAGUUAAUGUUAAAAUUUUUGGUUUAUUAUAAAUGCAGAUUAUAUAAAUGUGAAGUAUUUAUUAUAUAAUUAUUUUAUUUCUACUACCAACGCCUGAUUCCAUCAAGUCUUUAGUUCUGAAAUAUUGCUCUUCCAGUGGAAGAAGAAAAACCAAAUGCUUUAUGCCCUAAGUAUUGUAAGUUAUAAUAAUUUUCUGUGUACACUGUACAACUAUU